AUGGCACCAUCAGCAACCAGGACAAGUAGCGAAUCCGCGUUGUCUUCAACCCACAUCAAGUCACAGAAUGUUGGCGUCUUCACCAAUCCUGAGCAUGAGCUCUACAUCAAGAACGGACCAGUUCCUGCUCCCGGACCAGGAGAAUGUUUGAUCCAUGUACGCGCGACUGGUAUCUGUGGAUCUGACAUUCACUUCUGGAAGAGUGGCCACAUCGGUGAUAUGAUCGUCGUGGGCGAGAAUCGAUUGGGCCAUGAGAGUGCUGGCGUUGUUGUCGCAGUAGGAGAGGGAGUCAACAGAUUCAAGCUAGGCGAUCGCGUCGCACUGGAAUGUGGUAUUCCUUGCAUGGAGGCCACUUGCUACUACUGUCGUACUGGAAAGUACAAUGCAUGCCCUGAUGUCGUCUUCUUUUCCACUCCUUAUCAUGGUACACUUGCUCGCUAUCACGUACACCCUCAAGAGUGGCUACAUAAGCUUCCAGACACGCUCUCAUUCGAAGAAGGCUCUCUUCUCGAGCCACUCUCGGUUGCCCUUGCUGGAAUCGAUCGUUCCAUGCUGCGACUAGGUGAUCCGAUCGUCAUCUGCGGUGCUGGACCUAUCGGUCUCGUUACACUUCUCGCUACGCAUGCUGCUGGUGCGAAUCCAAUUGUCAUUACAGAUCUGGACGAGAACCGUCUGGCCACCGCCAAGAAGCUCAUUCCUCGCGUCAACACGGUGAAGAUCGUCGUGGGAGAGACUCCUAAAGACUCUGCUGCUCGAAUUAAAGAGGCUCUUGGUUUUGAGGCCAAGAUUGUCUUCGAAUGCACAGGCGUCGAGUCAAGCGUUCAAUCCGCCAUCUACUCAUGCACAUUCGGCGGCCUUGUGUUUGUCAUCGGCUGCGGAAAGGAUUUCCAGAACAUGCCAUUCUCAUACAUGUCUGCAAGGGAAGUCGAUCUGAAGUUCCAGUACCGCUAUAAGGAUACAUAUCCCAAGGCUAUUGGGCUUGUCGCAGCAGGUCUUCCAGAUCUCAAACCGCUGGUUACACAUCGUUAUACACUUGAACAAGGCGAGGAUACGUUCAAGACUGCUUCGGAUCCUAAGGCCAAGGCAAUUAAGGUUCAAAUCUUGGAUGAGUAG